AUGUUCAGCAUCGUGACAUGUGGUGGUGGCAUUCGCGAUCCGGGCACCAUUCACAGGUCGAGGCAGCAGAAGGAGGAAGCGGUUCGCGAGCAGGGAGGGGAGGCCGCACGGGCGUCCCCAGCAUCCAACCGCCGCUGCCAGAAGCCGAAUCAGCCUCUCUUCCACAUCACCUAUUCCAAUCCGAUCCCAGUUGUCAGAUUCGCAGCUCAGAUCACAGGCUGGCCGCGCCACGCCACACGACACUAUGCCGACGACCUGAGCACAUCACUGCCCUCCCUUGCCUCGCCUCGCUCCCACGCCGACGUCGUCCGUCUUGUCUGGUAUAUCUCACUUCCAUCUUCCUACACACGCGGCGAUAUCGCUUUUUUCCUUGUCUCACCUUUGAACUCUCCCUUCGAACUGCUAUUCCUAAUCGACUCACUCGCAUGCCUCUCGACCGCUGGCCCGGCCUCCGUGCUCCCUGAGACGUACCGCCACAGCGCUAUCACACCCCCCGACUCAGUGCCUUGCAGCCCUUGCAGCAGGGCCUGCAGGACGGGCCCGCGACCGUCCCCAAUCAUGAAGCCGCAGACCUUCUUGCAGCUGCCACCCCAGCUUGUCGAAGACUCGGCCUCCAAUAACGGCUCCUCCGUUGCCGGCGACUACUGCUUCGACGACGACUUCCUUUCUGAUGCCGGCAGAGAAUCGCCCUCCAAUGCCGACUCGCUGGCCGAGGACUCGGACGAUGAGGCUGUCGCAGUCAGCUCGGCGGACAUGGCCCGGCUGCGGGCCAUGAGCUAUGACCGCUCGCGCGACCGUAGAUGCGACUGCGACGACGACAAUCAACACAACACCAACGGCGGCUACGAGUACGACCAAGGCCGGACUCGACCACGAACCAGACAACGCCCCCAACUCCGAGUCCAGGACGUUGAUCCCGCCCUGGAUAUGGGUGGCAACAACGGCGUCGACGGCGGCGGCGCGUACCAACCUCUGGUCAGCAUCCUGCCGCGAGGCACAAAGCCUGUCAGGCUGGUUGGCGAAGGCGCCGCCAACGCCGUCUUCGAGAUCGAAUUGCCCAAAUUGCCCCCAGGCAGUCGCGUCGGUGCGCAGUUUCAAGGCAAGCUCCUGAGGGUGGCCAAAGCACCAUCUCUUGGCCGCGCUCCAACCUCGUCCGACUAUUAUCUCCGCCAACAGGAAUUCUUCAUCCGUGAGAUUCAGCCGCACCUAGGCGAACAUGCUGUGUCCCAGGAGCUGGUGGUACUGCAUAAAUCCGGCAUUGUGGAUGACCUCAAUGCCAUGCUUCGGGACAUGAACCACCAACGCAAGCCCAAGUUUCAAGGCUCCUUCAUUGGCCACGCAUCUUGGGGCUUUCUUGUGGAGGACAUGCGGCCCAAGGGCGACGAUGGGUCCAUCCUUGUCGAAUUUAAACCCAAAUGGCUGCUACAAUCACCCAGCGCCCCCAAAGGUGCCAUCAGAUGCAGGCAGUGUGCGUUGGAACUUCGCAACUAUCUGAAAACGCCCGGCUCGAAACCUCCGCGCCCUGAAAGGCGGCCCUGCCCGAUUGCGCUUGCAAAUCCCGACUGUCCUCGGCAAGUCGCGUCACCCUUUCGAAUAGCUCCGCAAUUCGCUGCCCAGCAGGAUGACAAGCGCAUCCAGGCUAUUCUCGACAAAAUCAUCCACCACAAGGCAAUCCAAAAGCUGAGGGACUGCCAGAAGAGCCUCGAUCAUGUGGGGCCUCUGCUACGUCCUACAAACUUGGAUUUCGUCGUUGCCAUGACGUUGCGCGACUGUACAUGCUUUGCACUUGUUCCAUCCAACGACGACGAGGAAAUUAAACUUCGUUUUGGCGACUUUGACUUUAAAGACCCUGAAAAGAAGUUUAACCACUGGCGCGGAACGGAGCAAGACCUCAUUGAGGGUGGCUUCUAUACCGCUGACUGGAUUGCUUGCGACGACUCAUACUAUCAUCCGCCGUCACUGUGCUCGCUGGAGUGGUCGGGGAAGCCUCGGACGGGAGAUGCAGUCAUUCUUCUCAUGGAAGAUAAUACUACGAAACAUAAUAAGCACUCGAGCUACCAAAAUAGUGGCUUUCCUCCUUCAGCGAAGACGGGGAAAACGGUAUACAGGCAUGCGGCGGAUCUGGCGGCGUUACACAAGGGCCUGGCGCCCUUUAAACGAGAGAUGGGAGGCGCACAAUCGGAUUCUAUUUAUGACAACCCUCUGAGGUGCGAUCCUAGACGAGGAUAA